UAGUAUUUCUUCUAUAAUAAAUAUGUUACAUAGAUUCUUAUAAAAAAAAAAUAAGUAUAUCUUGUAAACUUGUUGCGUAACGGCAACACUGUUUAUGUAUGUUGUCCGAUACGUUACGUCACUAAUAUUUAUAAUAAAGCGCGCUAAUUAACAGCUCACUUUAGUUUAAGGCACGUUCACAAUCGCUCGUGUCUAAUAAUAAGAAGGUAUCACGUGUUAGUGACAUUUCUGGUAAAAUUUACGUCGUUUUUUGUUUUUUUUUUUUCUAAUUUUGAUUCAACUGUGAUAAUUACAAUGGAAAGUUUUUCGGUAAUUUGGAUUAGUUUCGUUGUUUUGAUCAAAAUGAACGACGUAGAUGCCGAUCUAGGUGCCGAACAGAUACCGGAGGUGUCGGAAAAUCUUUUCGGCACGUUCGACAUCGUCCUUCUAACUUUAAUAAUCGGCGGCAUCACCUGGUAUCUUCUUAAUAAGCACAAAAAGACGAAAACGAUGUCGAACGGACGUUCGUAUUCUAUACAACCGACUUCUAUGAGUUUACAAUCGUCGACAGAAAAUUCUUUUAUCAAAAAAUUGCAAUCUUCCGGUAGAAGUUUGGUGGUUUUCUACGGCAGCCAAACCGGCACCGGGGAAGAAUUCGCCGGACGUCUAGCCAAGGAAGGCGUCAGGUACCGGAUGAAAGGCAUGGUCGCCGACCCGGAGGAAUGCGAUAUGGAAGAGUUGGUUAACCUCAAAAACAUACCGAAUUCUCUCGCUGUGUUCUGUUUGGCGACGUACGGCGAGGGCGAUCCCACGGAUAACGCCAUGGAGUUUUACGAAUGGCUGCAAAACGGCGACGCCGAUCUCACCGGUCUAAACUACGCCGUAUUUGGAUUGGGAAAUAAAACGUACGAACAUUAUAAUAAGGUGGCAAUAUACGUCGAUAAACGUCUGGAAGAACUAGGAGCCACCAGAUUGUACGACCUUGGACUUGGAGACGAUGACGCGAACAUCGAAGAUGAUUUUAUUACUUGGAAAGAUAAAUUUUGGCCGGCCGUUUGUGAACAUUUCGGUAUCGAAUCUACGGGGGAGGACAUCAACAUGCGUCAAUAUAGACUCGAGGAAUUCGACGAGGCCCCAGACAGGGUUUUCACGGGAGAAAUGGCCAGACUACAGUCUCUCAAAAACCAAAGACCGCCGUACGACGCUAAAAAUCCGUUUCUUUCUAAAAUUAAGGUUAACAGGGAGCUGCAUAAAAGCGGGGACCGGUCCUGUAUGCAUAUCGAGUUCGAUAUCGAGGGGUCUAAAAUGCGUUACGACGCCGGGGAUCAUUUAGCGGUUUACCCCAUCAACGAUAUCGAAUUGGUUGAAAAAUUGGGGAAAUAUUGCGCUAAAGAUCUAAAUACUAUAUUUUCUUUGAUUAAUACCGACGAGGAAUCCAGCAAGAAACAUCCUUUCCCUUGUCCUUGUUCCUACAGAACUGCCUUGUUGCAUUACGUGGAUAUCACUCAGAAUCCCAGAACUCACAUCUUGAAAGAAUUGGCGGAAUAUUGUAGCGAUCCCGCCGAAAAAGAAAAAUUGAAAUUAAUGUCGACCACCACCCCGGAGGGCAAAGCUCUAUACCAACAAUGGAUAAUCGAGGACAACAGAAACAUCAUACAUAUUUUGGAAGACAUGCCUUCCUGUCAUCCAGCUCUCGAUCAUUUAUGCGAAUUAUUACCGAGACUCCAACCGAGAUAUUAUUCGAUAUCCUCGUCUCCGAAACUUUAUCCGAAUACGGUCCAUAUAACGGCCGUCGUCGUCGAAUACGACACCCCCACCGGUCGCCACAACAAGGGCGUAGCCACCACCUGGUUGAAAAUGAAGAUUCCCGAUCCGGAAAAGGAACUUCCCACCGUUCCUAUAUUCAUACGGAAAUCGCAGUUCAGAUUGCCGACCAAAUCUCAGAUUCCCAUCAUUAUGAUCGGACCCGGUACCGGAUUUGCACCGUUCAGAGGAUUUAUACAAGAACGAAAUCACUGUAAGGAAGAUGGGAAACCCGUAGGCGAAACUGUACUGUACUUCGGCUGCAGAAAGAAGAGCGAAGAUUUCAUCUACGAAGAAGAAUUAUUAGACUACGAAAAGAAAGGUUUAGUAACUUUGCACCUCGCCUUCUCCAGAGACCAACCCCAGAAGAUUUACGUGACGCAUCUAUUAGAAAAACAAGCCGACGAAGUCUGGAAAAUAAUCGGCGACAAUAACGGACACGUUUACAUUUGCGGUGAUGCCAAAUCGAUGGCGACCGACGUUCGCGCUAUUCUCACGAAAAUUCUUCAGGACAAAGGAUCGAUGACUGAAGAACAGGCGUCGGCUUACCUGAAGAAGAUGGAAACGCAGAAACGUUUAUCGGCCGAUGUGUGGAGUUAAUGAAAUCCCCCAAAUUAGUUUUUCAAUUAUUAUUAUUUUUUUUUGUUAAGGUGACUUUUUAUCAUUUUUAAUAUUCCGGCUGUUAUUUACAUCAAUUAAUACAUUGGUGACUGUAUGUUAUAUAGAUUUUUAAAAACGAUGCAUUUAAUUUAAUAGAUAAUUCCAGUGCCUUUUAAAUCACGUUUCCGUUAUUAUUUUUGACAGAUUUAUGCGAAAUUCCAAAUAAUAAAAAAAUAUAUUUUUUCAUACAUUUCUACGUAAAUCUUUGUAAUAUGGAAAAUUUUUAACAUUAAAAACAUUUUGCUCGCUUUUCCUUAUAAAUAUUUAAUAAAAAUAGAUUAUUUUUAAAAA